AUGCUGAGAAAUCAUCGCUUUCUAGCGAACAUUAAGUAGUAUAAAUUGUCAAUCCAGCAGUAAAGCGGUCGUAUCAAUCCUUUAUUCGAAAGCAUUUAAUGACGAUCCUAAUCACAGGCGGAACAGGGAAGACGGGGCUCAAGCUCGCUCAUUUACUGAACAAAGCUGGCCACCCCAUUCUCCUCACUUCCCGCAAAGGCGAGGUAUCCCACCCAUUCAAAGGCGUCAAAUUUGACUGGCUUGACCCAUCAACCUUCGACAAUCCAUUCGACGUCGACCCAGCAAUCGAUCGCGUUUAUAUUGUGGGGCCAGUAGGGAUUCUGGAUAUGCUUCCACAUGUGAAGCCUUUCAUUGAUCUCGCGGUGACCAAAGGUGUUAAGCGAUUCGUCGUGUUGGGUGCAAGCCCGAUCCCGAAAGGAGGCCCUGUUGCUGGAAAAAUCCACGAGUAUCUAGAGGAAAUUUGUGUAGAUUACGCAGUUUUGCGUCCGACUUGGUUUAUGGAGAACUUUUCCAUUAGCCCCGUGGCGACCAAUAGUAUUCGGUUACACAACGAAAUUGGGUCAGUUGCAAAAGACGGACGUCUCGCGUUUGUUUCGGUGGACGACAUUGCCAAGGCUGCGUCGGAUGCUUUACUCGAUGAGAAGAGCUGGAAUAGCGACCGAUAUAUCUUAGGGCCCGAGCUACUUUCGUACGGUGAGGUCGCAGCCUUGCUCAGCAAAGUCCUUGGAAGGAAGAUUACGCACAAGAGGCUGACCCAAGAUGAAUCGUUAUCUAUCUGGACAUCUGUCGGCGGCCUGUCCAUCGGACUUGCGAAAGGCCUGAUAAAGAUGGAGGCGGAGAUUGCAGAUGGGGCGGAGGUGGCUGUAUUUGAGAAUGACAACAAGAUCCUUGGCAAGACACACCUGAGGGAGUUUUUCGAAUCCAAUCGGGAGUUGUGGGUAAUUUGA